AAAACUCAAAUUUUAUUCUUAAGACACCUAUAAAAAUGUCGGGCGUUAAAGAGUUAAAAAAAACGUCCGCCAUUUUUCAACGUCGGCGCAGCGACGUGUCGCAAGGACGCGCAAGAAGUCACGAAGGUAACGCGAUUUUUUUUGUGCAUCGGCUCUCCGAAAGCGAAAUGUCCUCAGAAUAUUUCGGUCCGUAAAAAAAAGAGAAGAAAAAAGAAAUAAGGAGAAGAGAAACGAACGCUCGAGUGUCGGAAGCCGCAGUUCUGACGUGACGCAAAAAUGGCGCAAAAAUUUCACUCAGCACAUCCGACUUCCCCGCGAAAUUUCUUUUCCAUGAUAAAAAAAUCUCUGUUCGUGCAGAUGGACGAAAAUUCGUUGACGGGAAACGACGUCUCUGUCGACGUGACCGGAAAAAAUUCUUCUGAACAUUCAGCCGCAUUGAAAUUUCAUCGGGAUAACUGAGAACAAUUGACUGAUGAGAAACUUCCAUGCGACGCGGGAAUCUCUUUUUGUGAAUUAAAUUUUGCAAUUUGCGAUUAAAUUUUCGUUUGCUCUCCGUUCUCCCCGGACACUCGAAAAAUUGAGUUACGUUAACGGAGUUAUCAUCUUCGCGCGCGCGCGUGUUUACAUUUUCAUAUGUCGUUUUAAUUAAUUACCAUAUUGCUUAAUUGAACUCAAAUGAAUUCGAUUACACUCGCUUACUACGGCUCCGAUAUCGCAUUUUUUAAUUGCCCGCGUUCGAUAAAUCGCGACGAGCGUCGGCCGACGGGAAAGCGAUUAAAUUUUUCUUCCAUCUGCGCGCUCUUUCUCAAAAUUAUCUCUCCCCCCUCGCUCCCCCGCCGUUCCUCGAUCGUUUGCGAAAACAGGAAUGUCGCGGGCAUUAUUGGCGCUUUGACGCAAUUGUGCCUUGCGUCUGAUAAAAGUACACGUGACCGGCUCGAGAAGCAGCGGACACGCUUCUAUUUUGGUGGUGUCGCCGGCAGAGCGGUGACACUGCCAAAAGUGAAUCGGUGUCGGUCAAAGCAGACGCUGCACUUCUUCGUGAAACACGUGACAGUGACUUCGACGGCUGCCUUGGAGAGCUCCAACGGCUUUUGCUUGGUGCCGUUCGCGUCGGUAUCAGGAUCGCGCCGAACGAUUAUGGAACUGAACAGCUGCCCGAUCGCGACUUCGCCAAAGAAUUCCGUCCACGGCGAUGAGACCGCUUUCAAGCAGCCGCUCGGAAAUGGCGGAACAUACGGGGCCUUUCAGUCGAAGGACCCCAUUUUGGCGAUGGAGAAGGGCGACGGCUCCAAAGGCGGAGGGAGUAACGAGCACGGCAUUACCGUACACCAUCCCACCUCGUACCUGGAAACCAUGAUGCAUCUGUUCAAGGGUAACGUCGGCUCGGGGAUCUUCGCGUUAGGAGACGCUUUUAAGAACGCCGGGCUGCUGUUGGCACCUCCGCUUACGAUCUUCCUCGGUAUCAUCUGCGUGCAUGCCCAACAUAUCCUCAUCAAAUGCAACGAGGAGGUGACACGUCGCGUCGGCGACGGCGGCGACGCGAGCGGAUUCGCCGGCACCGUGGAAAUGUGUUUCGCCACUGGACCCCUCGGCCUCCGUAAAUAUUCGUCUAUGAUGAGAAAGUUGGUUAAUGUGUUUUUGUGCGUCACGCAACUCGGAUUCUGCUGCGUGUAUUUCGUUUUCAUUUCCACAAAUAUGAAGCAGGUGUUGGACGUGCAUGGAAUUAAUAUGGACGUUCAUCAGCACAUGGCAGUCGUUUUGAUCCCCAUACUGCUUAGCACCUGGAUCAGAAAUCUUAAGUACCUAGUGCCGCUGUCUUCGGUGGCGAAUUUCCUCGUGAUGUCGGGUUAUAUCGCUACCAUGUACAUCAUGAGCCACAAUGUGCCGUCUAUAAAUGAGAGAAGAUACGUCUCAGACUGGCAUGAAAUACCUCUGUUCUUUGGUACUGUGAUAUAUUCCUUCGAAGGUAUUACUCUAGUACUGCCACUGAAGAAUGAAAUGAAGAAACCUAGCAAUUUUAACAAGCCAUUAGGCGUUCUAAACGUCGGUAUGGUGAUAGUCGGCUCUAUGUUCGUCGCGAUAGGUUUCCUGUCUUACUUGAAAUACGGUGACGAGGUCGCCGGUUCCGUCACGCUUAAUCUCGAUCCGACCAAGAUGGUGGACGGGAAAGUCGUCUACGGCCACUCAAGUUUAUCGCAGUGCAUCAAGACCGCCAUCUCUCUGAGCAUAUUGCUCACGUACGCGCUGCAAUUUUAUGUUCCGAUCGCGAUAAUGUGGCCCGGCAUCGUCAAACAAUUCGGUCCUUUCAAGUGGCCGGUGUUCGCGGAAAUCGUUUUCCGUUCCGCCAUGUGCCUUGUCACGUUUAUCCUGGCGGAGGCGAUACCAGAACUGGGUCUCUUCAUAUCUCUGGUCGGCGCAGUCAGCAGCACCGCGCUCGCCCUCAUAUUCCCACCGAUUAUCGAGAUAGUCGUUUGUUGGCACAACGCUAAUCUCGGUGUAUUUACGGUCGCGAAGGACUUGACGAUAAUACUAAUCGGCGUAUUAGGCUUCGCCACAGGAACAUAUGAAAGCGUGACGUCGAUCAUCAAGGCAUUCAGCAAGUGAACGUCUUAUCCGGACGGUAUUAUAUUUUAAUAAAUAAGGGACACCGCGAUCGCGGAUCGCGCAAGAGGGCAAAAGUUAGACUUUGUAAUACUUUACUAAUUUAUAUCAUAUUUAUCGUCGAGAGGAUAUUAUAUUUACCAAACAAAGAAAGAAGAUUAUAUAUUAUUAUAUAAAAUCGUUUGUAAUUAUAUAUAAAUUAUAUAUAGUUGUAUAUAAAUUAUAUAUAAUUAUAUAUGUGUGACUCCUUUAUAUAUAAAUUGUGUCUCUGUGUUGUCACGUAUGUAAUUAUACAGAAUUAGAUAUGUCCACGCUGGAAGAAACUGUUAAGUUGUUUAGCUGCUAAACAAAGGAAAAAUGAUCAAUUUUAAUUGUACAUCUACAUCACGAGCCGCUAUGAUCGAUAAAUCAUUUUUAUGAUCGAUAGAUCGAUUUUAAUUGCAUUUAUACAACAGCAUCUUUUCCGUGUGAAUAAUUUUUCCAAAUAGAAUCUUUUCUGUGUGUAUAUAAUUAUGUGUGAUUAUAUAUGGCUAAAUAGAGAUAGAAUUCAUAUAUAAUCAUAUAUAAUUAUUUUUUUUAUCAGAUUAAUGUUUAUAAACAACAACAUAAACAACAAAAUAAACAAACGAUUAGAAAUGAGCUAAAUAAUUCCCAACUAACUAGGACGAAAUUCCUUCAAAUGAUUAGCCAAUUAAAAUAAAUUCAAUUGAUAUGCAAUAAAAUAAUUUCUAAUGAUGAGGAAAAGGAUGAGACACAAAAUAUAUGGGGAACGGGAGAAAAGGAGAUUAAUUUUAAUUAUGCUCCUCUCGAUGAUGAUUAUCUGGUUGACAACCACAUGCUUGACUCUUAACACUUUUGAAAUAUAAGUUUAUAGUUGCUUUCGCUUAUUCUGAUCGCUCCAUUUAGCGCUAAAAAUGCAACCCGCUUUGUAAACUUUUUACAUGUUUUACAUGCGAUAUGAAUAAACCGUGGCAUCAUUGUUGCCAUGUUUAAUAGUAAAUAUGACGUUCGGAAUAUAGCUCGGUUUUACUUGUAAAGGUGCGCGGGUUUAAUAUACCAUGACAUCUACAAUAUUUUCCGCGUGAAUCAAAAGAGAAAAAGAGAAAAACCAAGAAAUUAUUCCUGUCACUUCGCACUUUCAAAUCGUAUGCGAUUGUAGGUGUCGACAGAUCCUAAGAAGACACGAUCGAAAUGUUAGCUGUUCUAUGAUGAUAUAAUUUAUGUGUGAUACCAAUAGUCGUAGCGAUAAGGCGUAACGCAGGUUGUGGACGCAGUGUGAUUGUUACCGAUAUCGAGUUGAUAUUAAUAGUAAGUCUCUCGGGCAGCGUAAACACGCUCACGCGCUCGAAACAGAUUCUGCAAGAUAUUUUGUGUUGUUCGAGUGCGUCAUGCUUUAUUUAUGUGUUUAAUAAGUCUUGUUACGUAAGUGGGAAAAGGUAAACGCGUUUUAGCUUUUAUGCGUGAUAAUAACUCAAGGUACAAUACAUAGUAUGUACAUAAAGUAAAGGAGGAAAGAGGAAGAACAAAAAUAAAAAUGAAACAAGAGAACGCAUCGAUACUUUCUGUAAUUAUACAAUACGCAGUUUCUGUAGUGGCGACGUGACUAAAAA